AUGGCUCGGGUGUAUCAGAAAUGGAAAGGAGACAAUAAGUUCUUCCUGUGGGGGCUGUGCGUGUUCGGGCCAGACGUGCGCUCACUGUUGGUGUCCAUCUGCCUCAUCACCAUCCCCGGCGCGCUCUUCUGCGUCUUCGUCGCGUACCAGCUCAUCGACAAGAUGUGGGGCGGCAUCGCCGUGCUCCCCGCCGCCAUCUCGCUCAUCACAUGGGACCUGUACAUUCUGCUCUUCACAGCCUGUCGCGACCCGGGCAUCGUCCCGCGCAACCCCACUGCGCCGGCGGGGAAGGUUCCGCGCAGCCGCGAGGUGGUGGUGAACGGCGUGGCGGUGAAGGUGAAGUGGUGCGACUCGUGCCUGCUGUACCGCCCGCCGCGCUGCUCGCACUGCUCCAUCUGCGACAACUGCAUUGACCGCUUCGACCACCACUGCCCCUGGGUGGGCCAGUGCAUUGGGCGGCGCAACUACCGGUUCUUCUUCACCUUCAUCCUGUCCACAACAGCGCUCUGCAUAUUCGUGUUCGCCUUCUCCGCGUACCUCAUCAACCAGCUCAUGUUCAACGCACACGACCCGGCAGCCGGCACGCGCACGGUGUGGCAGGCCAUGGGGCAGGCGCCCGUGGCUGUGGUGCUCAUGGGCUUCACCUUCCUCGCUGUGUGGUUCGUGGGGGGGCUGUCAGGCUUUCACAUCUACCUCAUGUGCCGCAACCAGACGACCUAUGAGAACUUCCGGUGGCGCUACGACAAGAAGCCCAACCCCUACAGCCGCGGCUGCCUCAACAACGUUGGCGAAGCCCUCUGCUCCGAGAUCCCCCCCUCCCGAACCAACUUCCGAGCCAAGGCUGCCGAAGCAGAGUUCGCCAUCUCCGAGCCGCAUCUCACGGAGCCCGACCCUCCGCCUGGCUCGUUAUCAGCCUCGGUGGACCCGAAGCGCACCCGAAACUUGCUGCCAGGCUCGGGAGGAUCGAAAGUGAGGAGGGAGGGAGUGCAGGGACAGCAGAGGCAUGCUUGCAUGGAGCGUGCAGGAGUGCAGUGGGCUCAUGGAAUAGCCAGACGAGAAGGGAACACAUGGGACAGAUGCAGAGGCAGUGCUGGUCAAGGUGCUGCUUCCUCUCCCAUCCGUGGCUCCAGUUAA